UGAAUUUACUCUCCUUGUUUUGCAGGGAAAGCAAAGAGUGUAAGAGUCGAGUACAACCGAGCUGUCAGUGCCUGCGCUGGGCUUUUUAUUUUUUAACAACUGGUGUGAAACUGAACGAAAGGCAAAAUGUUUACUCGGGCUUUUGCAAACAGACUCUGUAACCGAAUUCCAAGAGAAACCCCGCGGACUGUCGGUCUGGGGUCAUCGGGGCGGCAGGAUAGGCACGCUUCCACAGAGGUGGCGCUGAAGAAGACCCCGCUGUAUGACUUCCACAGGGCUCAGGGUGGUAAGAUGGUGGAGUUUGCAGGAUGGAGUAUGCCUGUGCAGUACAAAGACAGUCACAUUAACUCACACAUGCACACGCGCCAGCACUGCUCCAUCUUCGACGUCAGUCACAUGCUGCAGACUAAAGUAUAUGGUAGAGACAGAGUGAAGUUUAUAGAGUCUCUGAUUGUUGGAGACAUUGCUGAACUAAAAGACAACCAGGGCACUCUCUCCCUCUUCACAAACACUAAAGGAGGAAUCAUGGAUGACCUGAUUGUGACCAAGACUGAUCGGGGUUACCUGUAUGUUGUCUCCAAUGCUGGCUGUGCGGACAAAGACUCUGCUCAUAUGCAGGCCAGACUGCAGGAAUUUAAAGCAGCAGGUCAUGAUGUAGAUUUGGAGUUCAUGGAAGAAAGCCUUAUUGCUCUGCAGGGCCCAUCAAUGGCCCAAGUUCUGCAGAAAGGUGUGGGUGAUGACCUCAGGAAGCUGACCUUUAUGACCAGUGUUUUGACCCCAGUGUUUGGCAUCCAGGGCUGCAGGGUCACACGCUGCGGAUAUACAGGGGAGGAUGGAGUAGAGAUCUCAGUACCAAGUGGAGAUGUUGUCUCACUGACUGAAAAGUUGUUAGCCGAUAGUGAGGUGAAACUCGCUGGACUCGGUGCCAGAGACAGUCUGAGGCUGGAGGCGGGACUUUGUCUUUACGGCAAUGACAUCGAUGAGACCACCACACCUGUGGAAGGAAGUCUUGUUUGGACUAUAGGUGCGUCAACACUUAUUGUCACUUUCCAUGCAUGUAUAUUGAAUGCUAAUGUAUUUUUGUAUGUUGGUAAGCGUCGUCGACAGGCACGAGAUUUCCCUGGUGCUGACAUCAUUGUUCCACAAAUAAAGGCAAAGACUCAGAGAAAGAGAGUGGGACUGAUCUCCACUGGACCACCUGUCAGACAGCACACACCAAUCCUGUCAUCUGAUGGCAGGGUUAUAGGUGAGGUCACCAGUGGAUGCCCCUCCCCCUGCCUCAAACUAAAUGUUGCCAUGGGCUAUGUGGAAGCUGGCUUCAGUAAAGUGGGCACAUCAAUUCAGGUGGAAGUGAGGAAGAAAGCAGUGCCAGCAGUGGUCAGCAAGAUGCCAUUCGUGCCCACCAAGUACUACAUGGGCCAGUAGACCUACUGAUCGUAAAAGCGUAUGUGUUUAUGAGAGGGUCUGUCGUAGAUCUGUCUGGUAGUAUUUAGCAGUGGAGGUCACUGCCACUGGAUUCCUGCUAGAAUGGAGACCAAAAUUACAGAUUAUGUAAAGCCUGAGAGACACGUCAACGUCGAGCAUUCCAUAAUGCAAACACAAAUGCAAACUUUAAACACAACAAUAAUUUACUUCCAUUUAAAUUACAUUCCAAGACAUUCUGUUAUAAUUCUGGCAACUUCACUAGAAAUUCAAAUCAAAUGGAAUUUCAUGAUGUGGGAAAGGACCACUUGCUGUUUCUCUCUCUCUCUCUCUCUCUCUCUCUCUCUCUCUCUCUCUCUCUCUCUCUCUGUGUGUCUGUGUGUGUGUGUGUGUGUGUCUAACAUAAAGCACUUAAAAUGUUAGUUUGAGUGUGGGAAAGUGACAUCUGUUUUACAGACUACUGACUAGGAUUCCUAAUAAGUUUUCCACAUACCUGGUUAAUUUUUUGCCGGUGUAUAGUUUUAGUCUCAUAACUUUAUGAUGUUUUAUGUUUUAGAAAAGUGCCUAAUUUCUCUGGAGUAAAUUGUCAUGAUGUAGUAUUGUUAAUGUCAUUAACUUUAGACCACAUCACUGUGAAGUCUUUCUGUCUGAAAGAACAUUUCCAUUCAUGUUUAUUUUUGGGAUGUGAUUAAAUAAUUGAAAUUAUUCUAUAUAAUUUUAUAAACUUUUACUUUAUUGGUUGUUCCCCAAAAUUAGACCUUUACAAGUAUAUACACUUUUACAUUAGCAGUCAACAAUUUUGUAUGGCUUGUGUUUGUACUGUGGGCUGUGAUUUGAAAUAAAGUCUUUAAGUAUAACAUUUUA